AUGUCAUUCGUUUUACAAACUUUUAAAAACCUUUCACGAGUAAAAUUAAAAAUAAAGAGAAAGAGAGAAUAUGAAAAAAAUUUAAAUAAUUUAUCUAACCUAUCAAAUCAUACAAAAUUAAUAAGAAUAGAUAUAAAUGGAAAGGUCAAGAAAUGUAGUCGUUAUUUUUUUAAUAAAGAUAAAUAUAUUUAUAUAAAUAAUAUAGAAGAUAUGAAAAGGUUCGAUCAAACUAAUAAUAAAAAUAAAGAAAAUAAAAAAUAUAAAAAAUAUAAAAAAUAUAUACAAAAUAUACAAAAUAAUUAUAAUAAUAAUAAUUAUAGUGACACAUUUCAUAUUCAUUGUAAAUAUCAAGAUACCAAUCAAACGAUAAAUAAAAAUAAUAUUAUUUGUAUUGAUAAGAUAAAGAAUGAACAUCCGAACUGUAAAAAAAAAAGAAAAGUAGAAGAAAAAUAUAAAAAUUUUAUAAAUACAUAUAAUUUAUCAGAAGAAGAAAUUAUAUAUAUGAGAUUUAUUCAUAAAAUUAAAAUAAAAAAUAUUUUUGCACUUAUAAAUAAUAUAAGAAAAAAUAUAUAUAUCAAUAAAUAUCAAGCAAAUAUAAUAUUAAAUUGUAUCUAUAAAUAUUUAAGUAUUCAUUGUCAUACAUUAUCAAAAGAGGAAUUCUUUUUUUUUCUUUAUAUUUUUCCUCAAGAUAUAAAAUAUUCUUCCAAGGUUUUGUCUUACCUAAUUAACUUAUUACAAUAUGGAAACAAAAAAAAUGGAUCUAUUCAAAAUAUUCUUUAUAAUAAUAAUAAAUCUCUUUUUAAAUGUUUGACGAUCAAUGAAUGUAUAGAUCUCAUAUGUGAAAUUAAUCUAUAUUAUUUAAAUAUUUCUAUAAAAAAUAUAUACAUUGAUUAUCUAAAUAAAUAUAUAAAAGAUAUAAAAAUUCAACACAUCUUUCAAUUAUUUACAGAUGGAUCUUAUCUUUUUUUAUUGACAGAUGAUGAUAUUCAUAUGAAUCAUUCUCAUACACAUAACUCAUUCCUUAAAAAUAUAAAAAGUUAUAUUACAAGUGACGAUUUCAUAAUUCAUAUAAAUGAUAAAAUAUUAAAUGGAUAUAUUAAAUUUUUAUCAUAUUAUUUAUCAAACAAUAUUUAUUAUUUACAUAUUCUUUUUAAAGAUUUAUAUAUCACCUUACAUAAAAAAAUUCUUAUAAAUAAUUAUCAUAUACUUAUAAAACAUUAUAAAAACACAACUGAUUAUAUCAUACAUAUAACAAACAAAAAUGAAAUCCUCAAUUAUUUAAAUACCAUUUUUUUGAAUAAUUAUCAUUCUUUUUAUAACCAAAAAGAUAAAAAUUUAAAUGUAAAAGUAAAAAUAUUCUCAUCACAUCUAAAUUAUAAACAACAUGAUACACACAUAAAUGUAAAUGAUCAAUCUCAUAAACAAGAAAAUAAAAAAUGUAAUACAUAUGAUGAUGUAUAUCAAUAUAUGGAUAGUAUUAAUAAAAAAAUAAUAAUAAAUCAUAAUGAAUAUAUAACAACAACAGAUAAUACACAAAAUUAUUAUCAUCCCAAUUUAUUUUCUUCUCAGAGAGAUGAAGACACAAAUGUAAAUGAUAUAUUAUAUGAUGAUCAUAAAAAGAAAGAGAAUUAUCAAUAUGAAAAAAAUAAAAGUUAUGAUAUUAUUCAAGAUGAUUAUAUAAGGCAGGACAUGCAACAAGAAACCAAAAAAAAAAAAAAGAAAAAUAUAAAAAUGUGUGACGAUAUAUCACUAUAUAUGAAAGAAAAAGAAAAAUCCUUUUUUAUUAUUAAUUACAAACAUGAAAAAGACAAAACAGAUAUCCAUUCAUAUCAUAAUAAUAAAUUUUUAAAUAAUAAGAUAAGAAAUUUACAAAAUAAUAAUUUUAAUACAAAUAAAAAUAUUCCUUUAUUAUAUGAUAAAGAAAAAUUAUUUCUUUUUACAUAUGCAUAUGAUAAAAUUCAAACAUAUACCUAUGAAGAAUUAAAAUUAAAAUAUAAUAUAUCAACCAAAAUUGUAGAUAAAAAUAUUAAAAUGUUUUUAAAGUUUUUAAAAAAUUGUCAUAAUAAUGAAAAUACAUAUGUAGAUAAUAUUAUUUCUAAAAAGAAUAUUUUUCAAUUAUUAGCUAGUAUGAAAAAUAAUCUAAUAAACAAAAUUAAUUGUCACAAAUAUUUAAAUGACUUUAUAUAUUCAUGGUGUCAUAUUAAAAAUGCAUAUCAAAAUGACAGAAAAUUAUUUCUAAAUAGUAAUAUGAAUGAACAAUGGAGUUUAGAAAAUAAUAUAAGACAUGAUAUUAUUCAAAUGGAUGAUAAAAUAGAGGAUAUAAAUAUAUUGAGAAAUAAUAACAUAUCAUUAAAUAAUAAUAACAUUUCAUAUAACCAUUUACAUAAUAAUAAUAAUAAUGAUGAGACAUAUCUUAUUGAUAAAAACCAUUCUAUUCAUGAUAUAUAUUAUUUAGAAGAUAAAGAAUACUUUUUAAAUCUAAUAAAUAAUAUAUACAAUAAUAAAUAUUAUGAUAAUACCUUUUUUUAUACUUGUCAAAUUAAUAGUUUAUCAAAAGGAUUAUAUUAUUUUUUAAAUUAUUAUAUAUAUGUCAUAUCUACAAAUAAAGAAAUAAAUAAAAAAAAUAAUAUGUAUGACAAUAAUAAUAUGAAUAGUGUUAAUUUGUUUAUAAAUAAUUUUAUAAAUACUUUUUAUGAAAUGGUUACAUAUCUUUUAAAAAAUUUAUAUAAAAUACACAUAUCUAAAUUUUUUUAUAUAUUUCUAGCCUUAUCAAAAUUUUUUUCUAUCAAUUCUUAUAAACUCAAUAAUUCCAACAAAAAACAAAACUUUAUGCAUAUGGAAAAUAUAUUAUAUAUAUUAUAUCUAAUAAGAAAAAAUAAAUAUGAACAUGUAAAAAGUAUAUUGUAUGAUAAGUGUAAUGAGAAUUAUUUUACGUUUAAUGAAAAUAAAAAUUAUAAACUGGAAAAUGCAAGUGUGUUAUAUAAUAUAAUAUUGAACAAAUUUUCUAUAGAAGAUAAUGAUGAAUUAAUUAUAUGGCAUAAGACGAAUGAAAAUGAUAAUAAAAAGGUAGUAGAUAAUAUAAACAAUAUGAAUAAUAUAAAUAAUACAUAUAAGACACACCAUUGUAAUAACAAAAAUAUCUUUGAUAAAAAAGAAGAUACUCAUUGUUUACAUAAUAAUUUGUAUAACAGUUUAAAUUUUUUAAUUAUGUUCUUAAAUAAUUAUCUAGAUAAUACUAAAAAUUUUAAAAUCAGUCAUUUUUUAAUUACAUUAUAUUAUAUAAAUAAAAUUAUUCCAUCUAAUAUGAAACACAUGUAUCAUCUAGAAACAUAUCUAAAUAAAAAGUACACUAAUUAUAAGAAUAGGUUUUUUUAUAUAUAUAAUGGUUUAGAGUUAUUAAAAAAAUCAUAUGCAAUACAAAUAAAAAAAUUAUAUAUCCAAUCAAAUAAUAAUAUAUAUAAUAUAUGUAAUAUAUAUAAUACUUAUAAUAUAUGUAAUAUUUAUAAAUACAACAUAUACGACAAUAUUGAUAAUAUUUUUAUAAAAAACAAAAAUAUAUUCUGUUAUACUAAUCAUUUGUCUUUAUUAUAUUUUACAUAUAUAUAUAGUAUGAACAGAUUUUAUUAUUCUACUUUAUAUUAUAAUAUUUCAAAAUAUUUUUAUUAUAAAAUAAAUAUAGAUAAUAUAAAUUUUAAAGAUAAAAUUAUUUUGUUUUUUAUAUUAAUACAAUGUAAAUAUAUCUAUCAUAAUUUUUUUAAUUUAUUAUUACAAAAUAUUUUGUCCUCUUAUGAAAUCAAAAAGGUAGAGAAAUUAAGUCUGUAUAUAAUAUCAAACAUUAUAUUACUCUUAAUUAAAAAUAGUAAUAUGAAACUAAAUAUAAAAAAAAUAAAAAAUAAAAAAAAUUAUAAAUGUAUUUUUUCAAAUGAUAUAUAUAAUAAUAAUCAUUUAUUAAAUAAUUCUUUUAUUCAUAAAAAAUUAUCAUCAAUACAGUGGAAAUAUAUAUUUCCAAUGGAUUUAUUUAUAUCACAAAAUUUAUCACAUCAAACACAAUUGAUUAUAUCAAAAUUUGAAGAAAAUAUUGUUAACAUAGAUAAUAAUCAUAACUACAAAGAUAAUGAUAAUAUCAAAAAAAAUCAAGUAUAUAUAAAAUAUAAAAAAAAUCAAGUAUGCAUAAAAACCUCCACUAUUAAUUUAAAUAAAUUUAAAAAUGAAUUAUUUACACAUAUCCCAUUACUCAUGAGUCAAUAUAAAAAAUAUAUUAAAAGAAAUGAUAAAAAUAACACUAUCAAUAAUAAAGAACAAAUUAAUAAUCAGAACAAUCAUCUCAUAUCACACACAUUUAAUAAUAUUGAAUCAUCCUUUAUUUUUUUUGAUGAUAAUAUAGAACAGGAAAUUUUUAAUCUUUCUCAAAAAUUUUUAUCUUAUGAUUAUGUAACUACUCAUUUUAAUAUAUCAAACAAAUCGUUAUAUUAUGAUUUAUUAGUCUAUUUAAAAUGUGAAAAUUUUUAG